CCUCCUGUUUCCCACAAUGCUCAGCGGACAUCACCACCAAGAUGGCCGACGCUAUGGAGGAAUAUGAGAAAGAAGCUGGCUGCGUCCCCAUUCUCCAUCCCGAGGAAAUCAAACCCCAGAGUCAUUACAACCAAGGCUACAGUGAGAAUGUCAGUCGUAAAAACCAUGUGGACGACUACAGCACCUGGGACAUUGUCAAAGCCACACAGUACGGCAUCUUCGAGCGGUGCAGGGAGUUGGUGGAGGCGGGCUUCGACGUUCGGCAGCCUGACAAAGAAAAUGUUACCCUCCUCCACUGGGCCGCCAUAAACAACAGGAUAGACUUGGUCAAAUACUACAUAUCAAAGGGAGGCUUAGUUGACCAACUGGGAGGAGACCUGAACUCCACACCUCUGCACUGGGCCACCAGACAAGGCCAUCUAUCCAUGGUGGUGCAGCUCAUGAAAUAUGGCGCCGACCCAUCUUUGAUUGACGGCGAGGGCUGCAGCUGUGUCCACCUGGCAGCCCAGUUCGGCCACACCUCCAUCGUAGCCUACCUUAUCGCCAAGGGAGCGGACGUGGAUAUGAUGGAUCAGAACGGCAUGACUCCUCUGAUGUGGGCGGCUUACAGGACACACAGUGUGGAUCCCACCCGGCUGCUACUAACCUUCAACGUUUCUGUCAACCUUGGGGACAAAUAUCACAAGAACACAGCGCUGCACUGGGCAGUGCUGGCCGGCAACACCACUGUCAUCAGCCUGCUAUUGGAUGCCAACGCUAACGUUGAUGCACAGAACAUCAAGGGGGAAACGCCGCUUGAUCUUGCCAAGCAAAGGAAGAACGUCUGGAUGAUCAAUCACCUACAGGAAGCGCGGCAGGCAAAAGGCUACGACAGCCCGUCCUACCUAAAGAGGCUGAAGAUGGACAAGGAGUUCAGGCAGAAGGUGAUGCUGGGAACGCCCUUCUUGGUCAUCUGGCUAGUCGGUUUCAUUGCUGACCUGGAUAUCGACUCGUGGCUGAUCAAAGCCCUCAUGUACGCCGGUGUCUGGAUCUCCGUGCAGUUCCUCUCCAAGGCUUUCUUCGACCACUCCAUGCACAGCGCCCUGCCUCUGGGAAUCUACCUGGCCACCAAGUUCUGGAUGUACACCACCUGGUUCUACUGGUUCUGGAAUGAUCUACCUUUUGCCACUGUCCAUCUGCCCUUCCUGAUAAACACCCUGUUUCUGUUCUACAACUUUGGAAAGUCUUGGAAGUCGGACCCAGGAAUCAUAAAAGCGUCAGAGGAGCAGAAGAAAAAGACGAUCGUGGAGCUGGCGGAGACAGGCAGCCUGGAUCUGAGCAUAUUCUGCAGCACCUGCUUGAUACGGAAGCCUAUCAGGUCCAAACACUGCGCCGUUUGCAACCGCUGCAUCGCCAAGUUCGACCACCACUGCCCUUGGGUGGGGAACUGUGUCGGAAGUGGGAAUCACCGCUACUUCAUGGGUUACCUGUUCUUCCUGCUCUGCAUGAUCUGCUGGAUGAUAUACGGCUGCAUCUCCUACUGGAGGAUCCACUGUGCCACCAAUUACGCCAAGGAUGGCUUCUGGCUCUAUCUGACCCAGAUCGCCUCCUGCUCCCCCUGGAUGUUCUGGAUGUUCCUCAACAGCAUCUUCCACUUCAUGUGGGUGGCGGUGCUCAUCAUGUGUCAGCUCUACCAGAUCGCUGCUCUGGGAAUCACCACCAACGAGAGGAUGAACGCUCGGAGAUACAAGCACUUUAAAGUCACCGCCACGUCCAUCGAAAGCCCAUUCAACCACGGGUGCAUCCGGAACCUAAUAGAUUUCUUCGAGAUCCGCUGCUGUGGUCUGAUCCGGCCCGUGGCGGUGGACUGGACCACGCAGUACACAAUAGAAUACGACCAGACGUCUGGCUCGGGCUACCAGCUUGUGUAGACAGAGGAAGAGGACGAUGCCGAAGAGGAAGGAGGCGAUGGGGGGGGGGCAGGUGGAAGUUGAGUGCGGCUGGACGGAUGAAUAGUUUUGAAGGAUUGCUCCCCCCCUCCUCUUCCCAUCCCCACCCUCACAGUUGCGAUUAUAUCGAAGUGAUGCUGUUCUCGGGAGCGCUUGCUUUUUUUUUUGGACCAUCUCUCCCUCACCGAUCAAAACACUUUGGGGAAAAAGAAAAAAAAUAAUCAGCCAGGACUCGCAUGCUGUUACAGGGCAACACCACAGCCACACCCCGCUCUCUCUCUGCCCGCACCACCACCGUUACUACUAUUAAUACUACUACUACUAUUCUACAACAUCAGAUGUCUUUACCGUACCUUCACCGCUAUCCAGCGCCCCUCCGCUUCGCCUCCCCUCCCGAAGCCCUUUGGACGGUGUGAUGCUGCCAGGCACGAGCGGAGGGGAGGGAGGAAGACGGACGUGAGGAAUUACAAAAUAAAAGCUCUUCUAUUUGUACUGGAGAUGCGAUGCCGCAGAGACAGCAGCGCCACGAAGUGGCAGUUUCGCUCUUUCCCCCCUCCUUUCCCACUUUAAACCCUUAUUUAUCGUGUCCCUGUUGAUGUGCCCUGUAUGUAUUUCCGGUUUUUGAUUGGUUCGGGAACCCUGGCGUUCCUGUGAGAAUUAACUGUGGUGGCUAAAGUAAAGUUGCUCUUGUUUUUUGUUUUGUUUUUUAAAUCAUGUAUUUGUUCCUCAGUAUGAUAGAGAUAAGGGAAUGUCUUUUUAACGGCUUGAUUUUUGCACCGUGAUGAUUUGUGCGUGGAGCUGAUGAGGAUUUGCCAACAUUGUUGAUCUUAUCAGAGGAAAGCGUUGGGUUACAGGCGGAGCCGCUGGAGGAGCCCCACUUCUCACCUGCUCAAACAAAGCUGCAUCCGCUGGAGACAAAACUUUAGAAGAUAUAGGAUUUCUUUUGCUAUUAAAUAAUCUGGAGACAGUUGUUAUGCAGUAUUAGAGCAGGAUUAAAUGCAAGAACUGGGACUUCUCCAGCUGAAAGUCCCUGUAAAGUGACAGAAGAUAUCCUACAAACAAUGUGAUACAGGUAUAUUUAUUUUAAAACUAUUUAUAGAUAAAGUAACUAUCCUCUAGCCUCCAUCGUUUUUACAUUUCACAUUAUUUUAGCUGAAUAGGUUUUUAUGAGAAGAAUUAUUAAAGAAGUACCUGUGGCUGUUGAUCAUGGAAACUCCACAGGCAGGUACAGCGAGUGUAUUUAUUAACAGCAGAGACGAGGAAAAAGGAGAGAGCAGCAGAAAGAUGGACGAGUUUAUGUAAAUGGUUCAUUCCAUGUGUUUUUCUCAAGAUGCUGUAAAGUCUUAUUUGUUUUGGUGUUUUUUUGUCUACCUACAACAUUGCACUGAUUUUAUUUUUUAUUUUUUAGUUGUUUGUUUUUUUGUUGCCGUUACUGAACAGAAAGGCCCAGCAGCUCCCUUUGUUUACAGUGAGGAAGACAAGGGGUCCAACAGACAUGGCCGCCCUCGCAACACUUCCUGUCUGGACCCCCGCGCAGUCGGCUCCUCAACAUCAGCAGCAGCAGGAUGGACUGAAGUGUAAAGAAUGUGCAUCUGUACAUAAAUGAAAUCUUUUUUCUUUUUUUCCCGUCAGUUAGUUGAGGGUGCCCCUGGAUUUUUUUUUUUUUUUCAGUUCGGGGUAUUUCUUCCAACUAAACAGAAAGAAAGAAAACGAAGUGACUGUACUCCAAGUGUAUGACUGUAGCUUUUAGUGAUGUCUGACACUGCUGUCUAUAGGCAUUUUAACCCCUAAGUCCCCUUAAAUUUCCACUGCAUGUACGAUGCUUGGGACAGCUGGGCUCUCGCUGCUCCCCCCCCCCUUCCCCGCUGUGUCAAUCCGACCCCAUUGUCAUCACCAUGGUGACAGCCCGGCAAGCCACGUGUCUGUAUAUAGUGAAUGUGAAGUAUUUGCAAGUACUUUUCUGCGUUUCAUCCAUUUUUCCGUUGUUUUUUUGCUUUUCCUUUUCUUUCUCUCAAAUCCAGUGUGUUUAGUGGAAGUCGUCUUUCAGGGCGGCCAGAUCUCCAGUCAGGCCCUCCUGUGCAAGUGUGUAAUAUAUUUGAAUGUUCCAUGCUUGUGGACUCUGUAGUCAUCCUAAAAGUUUUUUUUAUUGUCAUAUUUUGCUGGGUCUGUUAUACCACUGGAUGUACAAAUUGUAAAGCAAAGACACUAGAGAACUAAGGCAGACGCCAUUUUUUGGGGGUUUGUUUUCUAAAAGCUGAAAUGUGACCAUGCAAUAGUUUUAAGGAUAGAGGGAGGUUAUAUUAUAUUAAGGCUUCCCAAACUUUUUGGGCCUCAUGUUUGCAUCAUCAGAAGGGGACAGUGUGUGUUUGUGUGUGUGUGUGUCAUCAUUUCACUCCCACCACCAUACAAACCACUGCCCGACAAAGACGCCACGCAGCAGCCGCAGCUCGUGAGCUUUAAAAGGUCCGACAUCACGAGCCGGCUGUUCAGAUCUCAUAUCAGCGGAACAUGCUCCCAGGAAUUAGCCACUCGUGUGUUCUGAUGAUGCCUUUUCAAGUGACAGGAGGUAAAUGGUGUUUUCUAAAUAGGUCAACAUCCAAACCCCCCCCCCCCACCCCCACCCCACUCAUCAACAACUCAAAGCCAUUUCAGUCCUCACUAGUUCUUCCAGCAAACCCGUCCCUUCCACCCUCUCGCCUCAUCAUGUGGAAUAAAGAAAGAGAAAAGGAAAAAAAAAAGAUAAAGCACAUAAUCAUCUCCAGUGCCUCUCUGCCCACCUUCAGACAUCACUGUAACUCCGCUUCAGAUGUAAACAUAUGGGCAUGGUUCAGUUUUAAUGGCUUUAAUAAUAAAAUACAGUCAAAUGUGAAA